AUGGGAAAUUUCAACACCAGUUCACAAGAGAGUUUCAUUUUGGUGGGUUUCUCAGAUUGGCCUCAACUGCAAGUCUUUCUUUUUGUCAUUAUUUUGAUUUUCUACUCCCUAACGAUCUUUGGCAAUACUACCAUCAUCAUACUUGCAAGACUAGACUUACGGCUACACAAACCUAUGUACUUUUUCCUCUCCCAUCUGUCCUUCCUGGACCUCUGCUACACCACCAGCACCGUGCCCCAGCUUCUGAUCAACCUUUACGGACUCGACAGGACCAUCAGCUACGGAGGAUGUGUGGCACAACUCUUCAUUUUCCUUGCUCUGGCCUCCACAGAAUGUUUGAUUUUGGUGGCAAUGGCCUUCGACCGCUAUGCUGCUGUGUGUCAUCCACUCCACUACACCAGCAUUAUGCACCCCAUCCUCUGCAGGGCAUUGGCCAUCUCCUCCUGGGUGGGAGGCCUUGUGAACUCUCUGAUCCAGACAGGGCUUGUGAUGGCCAUGCGACUCUGUGGCCAUCAAAUCAAUCACUUCUUCUGUGAGAUGCCCAUAUUCCUGAAGUUGGCCUGUGAGGACACAGGAGGAACAGAAGUUAAGAUGUUUGUGGCUCGAACAAUAGUCUUGGUUUGCCCUGCAGUACUGAUACUAGGCUCCUAUGUUCACAUUGCUAAGGCUGUACUGAAAGUCAAGUCAAUGGCUGGGCGCAGAAAGGCUUUUGGGACUUGUGGGUCCCAUCUCAUGGUGGUUUCUCUCUUUUAUGGCUCAGGUAUUUAUACAUAUCUUCAACCAGUCCACAAGUAUUCUGAAAGCAAGGGAAAGUUUGUUGCCCUCUUUUAUACUAUUGUUACCCCCAUGUUCAAUCCUUUGAUCUAUACCCUGAGGAACAAGGAAGUGAAGGGGGCUCUGUGGAAGAUGCUAGGGAGAGGCACAGAUUCGGGGUAA